AUGGCGGCGGCGCGGCGGGCGCAGCUGGUGCUGGGGCACUUGGCCGGGGCCGCGCCGGGCCCGGGGGCCGCGCCCAGGGCCGUGCCCUGCGCCGGGGGCCCCCCGCGGGCCAGCAGCCCCGACGAUGUGGUGGUGGUGCACGGCCGCAGGACCGCCAUCGGCCGCGCCCGCCGCGGCGGCUUCAAGGACACGACACCUGAUGAGCUGCUGGCUGCAGUGAUGACAGCUGUCCUUCAGGAUGUCAACCUCCGUCCUGAGGUGCUGGGAGACAUCUGUGUGGGGAAUGUGCUGCAGCCUGGAGCUGGUGCUUUGAUUGCGAGAGUUGCACAGUUUCUAAGUGGCAUUCCAGAGACGGUGCCGUGCUCCAGUGUGAACCGGCAGUGCUCCUCAGGGCUGCAGGCCAUUAUCAACAUAGCUGGUGGCAUCCGAAAUGGAUCGUAUGACAUUGGCUUGGCCUGUGGAGUGGAAACAAUGUCCCUCAGAAGUGCAAAUAACCCUGGUGAUAUCAGUUCCAACAUGAUGGAUAACCCCAAAGCUCGAGAUUGCCUUAUUCCUAUGGGAAUAACCUCAGAAAAUGUGGCAGAGAAGUUUGGAGUUUCCCGGAAGAAGCAAGAUGCCUUUGCCUUGGCUUCCCAACAAAAAGCAGCAAAAGCUCAGCAGAUGGGGCUGUUUAAAACAGAGAUUGUUCCAGUGAAGACCACUGUUGCAGAUAAUGAGGGCAACAAAAAAACUAUCACUGUGCACCAAGAUGAAGGGAUCAGGCCCUCCACGACGCUGGAAGGCUUGGCAAAGCUGAAACCUGCCUUCAAAGAGGAUGGAAGCACUACAGCAGGGAAUGCCAGCCAGGUCAGCGAUGGAGCAGCUGCUGUUCUCCUGGCAAAACGCUCCAAGGCAGCACAGCUGGGACUGCCGGUGCUGGGGGUGCUGAGGUCCUUUGCUGUGGUGGGGGUUCCACCUGAUGUGAUGGGCAUAGGGCCAGCCUAUGCCAUCCCUGUUGCUGUGGAAAAGGCAGGUCUGACUCUGAAUGACAUUGAUAUAUAUGAAAUUAAUGAAGCCUUUGCAAGCCAGGCUGUGUACUGUGUUGAGAAGCUGGGCAUUCCCAUGGAGAAGGUGAACCCCCUGGGAGGAGCCAUAGCACUGGGACACCCUCUGGGCUGUACUGGUGCUCGGCAGGUUGUCACUUUGCUCAAUGAACUGAAGCGCAGAGGGAAGAGAGCAUACGGGGUUGUGUCCAUGUGCAUUGGAACUGGCAUGGGCGCCGCAGCCGUGUUCGAGUACCCGGGGAAGUGAGCGCCAGUGCUGACAGAACAACACCACAGCUCCCUCUCUGCCUUCCCUAGGCAUUGCAAAUGAUUGCCACUGAAAUCAAGUGGGUUCUGGGAUUUGUUACUAGAGCUACAAAUUUUAGGCAGAAAUUGUGAAGUAGAAUUAAUGGUGCAGUUCUGUGAAGAAGGUGAGGAAAUGCAAAAUUGGCACAUGGCUUCCUGAUAUAAGAAAUUAACUCAGCUGAAAUUCAACUACAGCCCCUGGUGUGGUGAUUAUGAAUGAAUAUUUUUAAUUUAAUUGAUCUCUUUACUCUCUGAAUAUUACCAGAGGGAAAUAGUUCAUGGGACAGUAUUUUUCUAUGACAAAUUGGCAAAAAGAGUCACUCAAAAUGAAGACAUGAGUCCACGUGAAAAGACUUUUCCAGUAUUUCCUUAAAAGGUUUCACCAUUUGUAAGAAGUUUAAAACAGCUUGUUUUGAAGCAAAGACUUGACAUCCUUGCCUUUAAACUGUGUCUGUCCUAGCCCAGGCAGAAGUUGUCUGUGUCUGAAAUUGUCCCUACACUGGAGGAUGGGCUGUAGUUUGCUGCUGAUGGAGCUGCUCUCAAGCCUCUUUUCAGUAGGGGAAAGUGGAAGGACUGGAACAUAAUUUCCACAGGAAAUGCCUGAAUGGAAAGGUUCUGUUGAAUUGCUAGAAGCCAGGAUUUGGAUGUGGCCAUUCCUUCUUUUACAUGUCUGAGUAUCAGUUUGUGUGACUCCAAGGACAAUCUUAUGCUUAAUCAUAUUUACUUACCUAACAUAAAGCAAAUAGCAGCAUUACAUUUACUGCAAGCACUACAUGAACAUCAGUGACAGCUCAGUCCUUCAGUGCUAAUACAAACAUGUGCUAGCCUGUGUCUUUUGUCAUCCCUUAUUUCUUCUCUUGUCUGAACAGGAAGAUCACUGAAACUCAGCUAGAAAAAGAAAUUUACUCAUUGCUGCUUUGAACUUGUAACAAACUGAAGUUCUUUGUCCUGACUUUUGUUUUUGCACUUAAUAAUACAAUUGGGUUCUUGCAAUACAUUUUUUCCUUUUUAUGAUGAUUUUUAGUUGAAGGUCAUGAUGAGUUAGAGCUCUUGUUACUUUCAUAAUCCCAUGCUGUAGCCUGUCUCACCCAGCAAUCACACAGGCUGUCUUAGAGCCAAAAAACUGAAUUAUUUAGAGGGGAUAAUGAGCCAUUUACAAAAGCCUUUUAUUUAAUGGGAGUGGAAAAUUUAACAGACUCAGAAGUGGGAAUUCCAACGACCUUUAGCUAAAAUAAUACUAAAAUAAUUUAAAGAGAAGUGAGAGUAAAUGGGAACCAUGUGGGGUGAAAGAAUGAAAAGGAAGAGGGGUUCCUCCCUCUGUUGCUGAAGGGGGAUGUUCUCAAGGCCCAAGCAUGAUGAAACACACAGGCUGGUAAUUUUCCAAGGAGACCAGGGAAAAUUGACUCUUCCCCUUUUCAUGUAAGGCACUGAGAAAACAGCCUGGGAAAUGCUGGCCUAUUCACCAAUUCUUAUUUUAUUAUGUGUCAAUGUCAAUUUUAAUGUCAAACAAAUAAAUGAGGUAAAACAAAAGCUACUUUAAGGUAUGAAUAGUCUUUAGCUGUGAUUCAAGACAUGCUGGGCUCUGCAGAGGGCUUUGGCCUGACUUACACAGGUGCUUUGCAAUUUAAAACCUUGUUCUGAGCCUAAAGCUAAGCUUAUCACAGCAAUAAAAGGAACAGUACAGUGUGAUUAUGACUGGUUGAGGUACCAUGAGAAUUUCUUUCCUCAUAACCUAAAUUUUCAUUCUGCUAAAAUUUCAGUCCCCACUAAAAACAACAGAAGUAGAUGAAAGUACAGGCUCAGCUGAUGGCACAUCUGCAUCCAGCCUGUUACCUUGACAUUUGUCCCACAUUGUCCUGCUUAAUGCACCUUCCCACGGUGCACUCCUCUCCCUCUGAGGUGCAGCUUGCAAGGCUUCUCUUCCAGCAUUCCAGAAAUGGUCACAAUAGCUUCAUAGUCAGUGUUGCUCCUAAAAUGCACAGCAAAAAGUUCAGUUUCAGCUACAUGCAGUCCUGUGUUCAGGGAUGAGAUGAAGAGGGGAGAAUGGUGUCCUAAGAAUGCACCAAGUCACAAGCACAGGUCACUAAUGUUAGUGCUGGUUCCACAGAUACAAUAUAUGGUGUUUGAAAAUAAUGUUCAGGUCUGUGCCUGAAGACACUGGAUUGAUGUGUGAAAGAAUGAGAAUAUCAUCCUACUUGGGAAAUUAUGGUUUAGGUGAAUAAAUGAAAUGAAGCUCUGCUGGGAGCAAACACCUGCACUGCCUUGAUGUGAAAACUCCUCCCUGUGACAAAGUUUGAAGGGAAAAGUUUCUGUCACUCCCCUGAGACAAGGGGCAGUCAGCGGAGUCCAGAUUGUAAAUUAACAUCAAAAAGGUUACAACAACUCUAGUUUUACACCAAGUUGAAGAGCAUUAUUUGCCCAAGGCUAAUGCCACUCAGUGCUCUCGAGACUGUUCCUGUGAAGGACUUCUCUGUGUCCAAGUGCCAGCUGUUUUAAGGGCCUGAGGCAAAUGCCUGUUCUGCCAGUCUUGGUUUUUUGCUUCUCAUAAAGUAAUUCCCCUGCAGAAAGACCACUGAUCUGGGGAGGUGAAUUAUUUAAAUUACCUCACACCUUGCAUAUAAUUAUCUCCUGCCACACUGAUCCCACUCUGCUGUGUUGGGAAUUCUUCCUAUGGAGCCCCACAGAAGAGCUGGUUGCUAUACAGCAACAUCUUUGCUUUCUGGUAUUUCCAGGCAUUUUCAGCCAUGCUGAUUAGUGUAUUUGUCAGAAAAAAAUAAGUGCUUCAGGUAUAUUCAGCAGAAUUCCAGAAAAAUGUAGGCAGUCAGGAGCCUGGGGAGGGCUUCUGGUCCACCAUGCUCCUCUAAGUAGGGACAGUUUAGUGCAGCUGCUCAAGGCUCCAUCCCACUGCAAUAUCAGUGGCUCCAGUGAUGGAAAUCACUGGACUGUGUUCCAAAGAGAUGGGAGUUAUGACAGUAACUCAUCUACAGUUUGCUUGAAAUUUCCCUGUCAGCAGUUUUCAGAGCUCACUGAAAUCACUAGGAUAGACUUCAAUUUGCUGCCAUCACGUGAUAACCUCCAAAAAUACUUUGUAAUGGAAAAUGAUUUUUUUUUUUUUAACGUGAGUUGCAUCUCCCUAAUCAGAACAAAGAAAUUAAAGUCUUUGGGUCA